CCUCAACAACAUCUCUCUCUCUCUCUCUCACUCACACAUAUACAAUUGCAAUCUAGUUUUAUUACACUUCUUUCAAUCACUUCAGUUUCCAAUUCUCUUGUCUCUUUGAAGUAAAAUGGGCAAUUGCUAUGCUCUUUGCAAGCCCCGUAUGGGCUUGUAUGUCAAACUUGCUGCGGCAAAGCAUGGGAGAGUUUUACAAGUCGUGAAGAUGGAUGGAAAGAUUUUAGAAUUCAGCACGCCAAUUCUUGUUAAAGAUAUCAUGGUGAACUUUUCCGGCUCAGGUAUUGGUUUAUCCAAGGAUGCCUCAGAGAAUCUCUCACCAAAUUAUGAAUUGAAGAUAGGCAAAACUUACUAUAUGCUGCCUUCUUUGAGUUCUGGGAGUCCCACUAGUACUACUGCAGAAAUUUCCUCAAUAGCAGACAAGGACAAAGCCAAUAUUGGUGUAAAGAGGAUUAAGAUUGUUAUAACAAAGCAGCAGCUCCAGGAGUUAUUGACAAAGCAAAUAUCAUUGGACGACUUCAUGUCAGGGCUUGAGAAGCCAACGUCUGUUUCUCAUGUUGAUUCUUCAACAAAUUGGAAGCCGAAGCUUGAAUCUAUCCCUGAAGGGAGCGAGUAGCAUUAAUUGCUGCAGUGAUUAGAUAGAUGUUCUAGUUUUUGUUUAACCAUGAAAGAUAACAGAAAAAAUAGAGAGGCCUGCACACAUAAUGACUGUUAUAGGACACAAGGAAGUCUGAGAAUUAUUCUCGUCCUCUUUGGCUCAGCAUGUUUCCUUCUCAGUUAAAUCUUGUAUAUAAAAAAAAAGGGGAGUGGUUUGUUUUGAUCUUCAAUUUGGAGCUGCUAGUUUCAUGAUUAGUGUUCGUGGCCAACGUUCUAGCUAGAAUCCUGUAACUGUAGCACAUCCCUUGCUGUCCCUCUGCCUUUCUGGCAAGUUCAAGUACCUUAAGAACCUAUCAUUCAUGAAGUCGAUCAAUCGAUCAAGAUCCUCUUAGGUCUUAAGUGGAGAGAGAGAUGGUGCACUCUCAAUCAGGUUCGGGUAAGAACUUAAAAGAAAAAUUUUCCCAUGAAGUAGUCUUCUACCAUCCUUCUGCGUGCAUGAUUUUUGGGGUGCUAGACCAUGUAGUUUCCCCCCCAACAUGCUUGUAACUGUAUUGCAUGCAGCAACAUGAAGAAAGAAUGCUAAAGCUACCAGUCAGUUUUG